UGUCGCUCGCCUCUCGGUGUCUUUCCGCCGCUCUGAGUCUGAAGUUGUGCUUGAAGUUUACCUUUUACGUUUGCCCCGAUGAGCUCAGUCGGUUUCAACAGUUUGGAAGUAUAAGAUGAGCGGACAGACGGUCCCCGCGGACUUCUCGGGACACAUGCUGGACCUGGACGAGGACGAAGACCUGGAGGUUUUCAGCAAGAACACGUCCCUUGCUGAUGGAAGUCCCAUGCCCAACUCUCCCAGCUCCAUGGUCAACCAGUACAGACUGGAGGAGGAGGAGGAGGAGGAGCAGCAGGACGCCAAUGCCAGAGACCUCUUCGUCAGCGUUGAUAACCCAGAGAGCCAUGUCACUGCCAUCGAAACCUUCAUCAUGUACAGAGUGGUGACCAAGACCACGCGGAGCGAGUUUGAUUCCAGUGAGUUCGAGGUGCGCCGGCGCUACCAGGACUUCCUGUGGCUCCGAAGCAGACUGGAGGAAAACCACCCGACACUCAUUGUCCACCCGCUGCCGGAGAAGUUUGUGAUGAAAGGCAUGGUGGAGCGCUUCAACGACGACUUCAUCGAGACCAGGAGGAAAGCCCUGCACCGCUUCCUCAACAAGAUCUCGGUGCACCCCAUACUGUCUUACAGCCAGCACUUCAAAGUCUUCCUCACUGCAGAGGAUUUGAUGUCUCACAGGAAGCAGGGUCCGGGCUUCCUGAGCAGGAUGGGGGAGACGGUGAGGGCGGUGGCCAACUCGGUACGAGGCCUGAGGAGCCGGCCGGAGGAGUUCACGCUGAUGCAGGAGUAUGUGGACGACUUCAGUAACAAGAUCUGCUCUGUGGACAAAGUCACUCAGCGGAUCAUCAAGGAACAGAGAGAGUAUUUGGACGAGCUGAAGCAGUACAGCCCCACCUACAGCCAGUGGGCGGGGUUGGAGGAGGAGCUGGCCGAGCCGCUGAGGGGCGUGGCCAGCUGUGUGGAGCGUUGCGGUCUGGAAACAGAGGAGCAGAUCCAGCAUCUGUCUCAAGUGCUCGUCCCCGCUCUGCACGAGUACGUCCUCUGCGCCGAGACCCUGAAGGCUGUUAUGAGACGGAGAGACAACAUCCAGGCGGAGUUUGAAGCCAAGAACGAGGCCCUGGCAUCCAGAAGAGUGGACCAAGAAGCACUGCAGGACGAGGUGGACGGUCUGGCGGACCGCGUGGAGCUGGCCAACAACGCCUUGAAGGGGGACUGGUCCCGCUGGCAGAACAGCAUGAGAACUGACCUCAAGUCAGCCUUUCUAUCCACGGCCGAGAAGAACGUGGAGUACUACGAGCAGUGCCUGGCUGUGUGGGAGUCGUUCCUCCUGUCUCAGAGAGCGGAGCCCAGCGAGCAGAAUGAUGGGGAAGAUGCCUCUUAAAGUGUUUAGAUGAUCGAAACGCCUUUCCAGCAGACUCUGUUGUCUCUCCAGCACAACCAAAUAUAGACUUUGAACCAAUGUCCACAUAUGCCAACAGGCUCCGCCUCUCUUUCAUUCUUUCUUUCUUUCUUUCUGUCUGUCUGUCUGUCUGUCUGGCCAAAGAAGUUAAUCCAAACCAGCCAUUCCAGUGAUGAUGGUGCAUCACUAAUACCAACACUGUGAUCCAAAUAUCCACAUGUUAAGGUUUACACUCCCUCUUUGUGCAUUGCCAAAAGUUAAAAGAAGACUCCUGGCUCUUCUGUCCAAUAUUAAGGUGGAUUAGUAUGGCUGUACACCACACAGGCUCUGAUUGGUCGGGAUCCAGCAUGAAGUCCGCCAUGUGUUUUGGCCAAGUCACAGCUAGAAUUUUUUUAUCUAAUCUGACAGUGACCUUGGCACAAAUAAAUUAUCAAUCUGUCUUAAUAAUAAUAGUAAUUUAACAUGCACGCCUUUGACUGAAAGCAAGUUCAGGUCUUGCAUCUAUACUGUGUGUUCUCAUUUAUUUACUAAUGAAGAAUCAGCCAGUGCAGAUUUAUGUAAAGAGUGUACACUGAAAAGUAAAAUUAUAAAAUGUCAUCACAAGAAAUGCAUUGAACAUCUACAUCCAUCUAAAGCUAGAGUUUUCCUUUCAGAAUGCUCUCAGUAACAGUACCAUUGAUCUCCCGGUGCACUUUGAGCAGAGAAGCCUUAAAUGAUCUUGUUGUUUGGGCCGAUAGAGAUUUCACGUUUACACGAAGACCAGCUACAAUGUCUUUGUAACAGAAUGCUCAAAAUAAUCUUGUAAUACUGAUCUUUUUUUUUUUUCUUCUCUUUUUUGCUUUUAUCAUUGAUUAUGUAAAAAAAAAAAAGG